GCUCGUGACUCACGGCUACAAACUGGGAAGCUUGAAGAACAUCACCUCGUCGCGGCAUCACCGGACAGGAAACGCUCGAACAUUGGCAACAAACCCUCCCAAGCACAGUUCAAAGCCGCGUUGUGCCCUUCUACCACCAGGUAUUUGAUUCUUGGCUUGCAUGUACCAGUAGCAAGUCUGAUUGCGGUGGCAAUCAUAGACUGCUGUACGAGAAGUAUUUUUUGCUGCUACCUCACCUGCAGCCGAGUUUGUCGCAUUAUCUAUCUUUUGGAUCGAUUCGAUUCAGAUACUCCUCCUCCUCGGUGGCAACCCAAUCUAUUUUCUACGGUAGCAACCAACACAACACGAUGAACCACGACAACUCCCAUCAUCAUCAUUCAGACCACCAAAAAGAAGAGGGCAUUCCCUUUAUGGACAAAUUGUUGGAGAAUCCCUUGGAAUUUUCGGUACCAGCCGUGGCGGAUACCCCUCCCACCGAGAGUGACCACAAAGAUACCAAGAUGGCAAGCGGCCACGAUGAUGGCCAUCAUGUCUUUUGCGGUUCCAUGAUGCACAUGAACGACCAUGAAAUGGCACAACAUGGAGUGGGUUCCAUGAAAUUGGGAGGUGACAUGAGCAAGGGAAUGGUCAUGUACAUGGAUGGCUUUCGAUUUGCCAUGGCGGGCAACCAGCCCUGCUUGAAUCUCUAUUUUCCUUCGUGGACACUGGAUACACGAUGGAAAUUUUCCGGAUCCUUGCUCCUCGUCUUUUUGCUCGCUUUUGGAACCGAAGCCGUGUCCAAAUUUCGACACGUUCUUUCCAAACGACCCAUUGCUGGAAGAGGAGACUACCAGGCACGACGUACACGACAAAUGAUGAUUUCCGCAUUGCACGGAUUCCAAGCACUCUUGGGAUAUGUCGUCAUGUUGGCCACCAUGACAUUUUCCAUUGAAAUACUGCUCGCCGUGGUAUUGGGGCUCUCCACCGGAUAUUACUACUAUUUUGCCGGAGAAAUGGGCUUGGAAGGACAUGUCACUACCAAUCCAUGCUGUAGUUAUAUGCAAGAUGAAAGUGAUGAACACGAACAAGCACAACAGCAGCAGCAACAACAACAGGCAGCAGCAGAAGUGGCGGCGCUAUUGCCAGAAGUUCGUUCAGCGGCAGUGUAGCGAGCUGGCUACGAUAGUUGGCAGACAACGCUAGCCAACAAGUAAAACAGCAAUUGCUGCUGUGAGUGCUCCAUUGGAAAACAGACCAAGAGGUCUUCUCGGUGUGGCAGUGGUUAGUUAAAUAUCAUUCAAAGAUUGUAAAACUAUGUGUAGGAAAGAUUUGCUGCCUUUGGCUGUAAUCGACAAUGACUAGAAAUCCUGAAAGCCAGAAGAGAAAUCCAGACUUCCUCAGCCAUCAGCUCAUCCAAUGAAAGCAAUAUCCAGUGCCUACAAGUUCAAGAUUCAGAAGGACUACAUUGGAAAAGAUGGCCCAGCACCGAUGAGUCAGUUAGACUCAGAGUCCAGCUAUAGAAUAGGAUAGCCAAAGAACGAACCAAUGGCCGGUGGCAAUUCCUCAAGCUCAGAGAGGGAACCACUACUGGUACACUGUGUGUGACCACUCUGGCUGUCCUACAAACGACAAACGGCUGGCUAUCCUAUGGCCGAGACAGGCUUCUAGCUAGUUGAAAGCAACCCCCUGAACCAACACACCGACGUCUUGUUUCUAGAGGAGGCGCCCUCCGAAGUUGCAACACUAGCGCACCUCAACAAUCACCCAAGCUUCCUCCCACAUCAUGUUUCAACGACAAAUCGUAAGAGAUCAAUUCGACUAAA